CGAGCGUGGUGGUUACGCCAUUGAGGGAGCUGCCGGAGCUCACAUCGACGGCGCAUGUCGAGCUCAUCGUUUCCAUAUCCUGUAAAUCUCUCGCUCGCUCUCUGUAGCCUUCCUCGUCCCCUUUCUCUUACACUCCGUCGCAGGAGGAGUUUCCCCGGCGGCGCAACUAGGAUAAUGGCGUCUUUAGAAGAGAAGAACCGUAUAGCGAGAGUUGCAUCGUCGAUCCGCGUGAUCCCAAACUUUCCCAAGCCAGGGGUUAUGUUUCAUGAUAUCACGACACUGCUGCUUGAUCCCAAGGCGUUUCGGGAUGCUGUGGACUUGUUCGUGGAGAGGUAUAGGGAUCAGCGGAUUUCUGUUGUCGCGGGUGUUGAAGCAAGAGGCUUUAUCUUUGGCCCGCCAAUUGCGCUGGCUAUUGGAGCAAAGUUUGUACCUUUGAGAAAACCAAAGAAGUUACCAGGUGAAGUCAUUUCAGAGGAGUACUUACUUGAAUAUGGCACAGAUAAAAUCGAGAUGCAUGUCGGUGCCGUUCAGCCUGAUGAUCGGGCUGUUGUAAUUGAUGAUCUUAUUGCAACCGGAGGGACCUUAUGUGCUGCAAUCAAGCUACUUGAACGUGUCGGCGCAGAGGUGGUUGAAUGUGCUUGCGUCAUUGAGCUACCAGAGCUGAAGGGUCGGGAGAAAUUAGGAGAGAGACCGCUUUUUGUUCUUGUGAACGGAGCUUGACCUGAAUCAACUACGGUAUGCUAAUUCAUACACAGCUUCUCACAUAUCCUCACUGAUUGUGAUGAAGUGUUCGAUUCUAAUUUUUGUUUCUUGUUGUAUGAUUAUUAUUCCCCGUCUGCAUUCCAGAUCUUAUUAUUAUUAUUAUUAUUAUUAUUAUUAUUAUUAUUAUU